GUGUUUGUGUUGAUUGUUCAAAAGAGGGAAAGAAGACGAUGUCAGGGUCUCAGUGUUGUUCAAACCCACCAGCAGUAAACCCAACCAGUGGAGCUGGGCAUGUUGAGAAGCUCGGAGGUCUCGACUCGUAUGUCAACGGUUCUGUUGACUCCAAGCUUGCCGUUAUUCUUGUCGCCGAUGUGUUUGGAUAUGAAGCUCCGAAAUUGAGGAAGCUUGCAGACAAGGUUGCAGCUGCUGGAUUCUAUGUUUUGGUUCCUGACUACUUUCAUGGAGAUCCGCUGGUGCUUGAAAAUACUCAGAGGCCAUGGCAAGAUUGGAUUAAAGAUCACAGCACGGUUAAGGCAUUUGAAGAGACAAAACCUCUUAUUGAAGCUUUAAAGGGUAAAGGUAUAUCGGCAAUUGGGGCUGCCGGUUUUUGUUGGGGAGCCAAGGUAGUGGUUGACUUAGCAAAAACUCAGCUCAUCCAAGCUGCUGUGCUGUUACAUCCUUCAUUUGUUGAUGAAGAUGAUAUCAAGGGGGUUGAGGUUCCCAUGGCCAUACUUGGAGCUGAGUUUGACGAGCGUUGGCCACCUGAACUAUUAAGGAAGUUUGAAGUGAUCUUAAAUGCCAAGUCCGGGGUCGAUAGCUACGUAAAGAUAUUCUUCAAAGCCGCACACGGCUGGACAGUGAGGUACAACAGUGAUAAUGAAGAAGAAGUGAAGAGCGCAGAAGAGGCUCAUCAAAAUAUGUUGGACUGGUUUGCCAAGUAUGUAAAGUGAGGUUAGGAUCAUAACCUCUCAACUCCUCAGACACAUGGCUCUUGUUAUUUUCUGUUUUGCUGAACUAAUGGGAUGGAUGUAAUAAAGUGACUAGUCACACACACAUACACUCCUCAGAACUGAUCCCAUUUAUGCAAAAGUUCAUGUUGCAAAUUUAUGGAAAUUGAGACCCAAAGUAUCCUAUUAGGAAAAUAAGGGUCUGUUUGGUA